UUCUCAACACAAAGAUUUGUGAUUGUUGGAGAUACUACUCUUAACAAUGAAGAAGGGUGUUAGUUUCCUGGUAACUGUUGCCCUCGUGGCAUUGGUUUCCUCUCUUGCCUUUGCCUCUGAUCCAAGCCCACUGCAGGACACCUGUGUUGCCAUUGAUGAGCCCAAGGAUGCUGUAUUUGUGAAUGGAAAGUUCUGCAAGGACCCAAACCUGACCGUCGCUGAGGAUUUCUUCUUUUCAGGCCUGGAUAAGCCAGGAAACACAUCAAAUCAAGUACGGUCAAAUGUCACUACUGUAAAUGUUGACAAAAUAAAGGGACUCAACACUCUUGGCAUAUCCAUGGUUCGUAUUGACUAUGAACCAUAUGGCCAAAACCCUCCUCACACUCACCCUCGUGCCACCGAGAUCCUAACUGUCUUGGAGGGAACCCUCUACGUUGGGUUUGUCACAUCCAACACCGAAAACCGCCUCAUUAGCAAAGUACUCAACAAGGGGGAUGUUUUUGUGUUUCCUAUUGGUCUCAUUCACUUCCAAUUCAAUGUUGGGAAGACUAAGGCAGUAGCCAUUGCUGGUCUGAGCAGCCAAAAUCCAGGUGUUAUCACCAUAGCCAAUGCAGUAUUUGGAUCAGAUCCACCCAUCAAUCCUGAUGUUCUCACAAGGGCCUUCCAGUUGGACAAGAAAGUGGUUAGCUACCUUCAGUCAAGGUUCUAGUGGGACAACCACUAGCAAAAUAUAUAGCUCUAGAAGCUAUGAACCAUUGGUUUUCUUAGUUGUUUUUUAAGUAAGCAUUUGUUAUGUUCCCUCAUCGUAACCAUAACGUAGUAAGAGGGUUUAUUUUGUAGCUCUUUGGAUGUGGACUUUGGUCCUAAUAUUAAAAUAAAGCAGUUUGUCUGUUAAACCA